ACGAGGGGGUGCAUGGGUGAAACAUGGCCGCCGUAGACCCGUCGGAGUCUCCAAAACGACAGCAAUGCCCUGCGGAGGAGGCGGCGGAAACAUCUGGUGAGAAGACCGAUGCGGCGCAGUCGGGAUUCGGCUUAAACCGGGAGGAUGCAACGACACAAAACGAACCCGCGGAAAGCCCUCGCGACGAGCGGACCGUGGCUCCGGACGGCUGCGGUGUUUCAGGCCAUUCUGACGUGAGCGUCGAGUCCGGCGCCGGAGCCGAAAAAACGACGUGCAGUUCACCGGAGGACUUAAAAUCUGCUGAAAAGAUGGCCGAGGCUCGUGACAGCGACCAGCGCGCGGUGGACUGGUGCGAGACGCAAGACGGCGACCGAGAGGCGCGGGCACACGAGGAGGGAGACGACACGCGUGACCUCAGCGAUGCCCCAGCCGGUGCCCGGGGGUCGCAGCAGGAUCCCCCCGCCGGUGAGACAGCCCCUGUGGAUGCGGAGGAGAGCGAUGAGAAGAGCGCCGAGCAGCCGCUGGGAGAGGUGGACGUGGUGGUGAAGGAGGAGGACGAGGAGGAGGAGGAGGAGAUGAUGGUGGGAGUCGAGGAAGAGGCCUAUUUAACAGCCAAGCCCAAAAAGUGCCGUUUGGUGUGCAAAGAGUGCGGCAAGAGGUUCACCCGCCGCGAGACGUUCAACCUCCACCGUCACUUCCACGCGCACGAGGACGAGCUGACGCCCCUCACCUGCAAAGAGUGCGACCUCACCUUCCAGCACCGCACCGGCCUCAUCAAACACAGGAAUGAACACAGAGAGAAGGAGGAACUGCUCGUUGCUCCAAAGAAGGAGCUGCAGACUCCGACUCCGAUGCAGGCGGCGGCGGGUGGUUUUAAGUGUGCGGAAUGCGAGGUGGUCUUCUCUGCGGUGGGCAAGCUGAGGGAACACAGCUGCUGCAAUGUAGUAGAAAAGCCCUACCACUGCCCCCUGUGCCGCCAAGAGUUCCAGUUUAAGGUGUCGGUCACGAAGCACAUGAGGCUCCACUCCACGGACGUCGUCUUCGCGUGCCAGGAGUGCAGCCAAACGUUCCCGAGCAGCGUGGCGCUGCGCUGCCACCGGCGAGGUCACGCCGCCCUGAAGCCUUACGAAUGCCCUGAGUGCGGCUUGGUUUUCAAACACUACUCCGUCAUGGAGGACCACCGUCGCAGGCACACGGACAACACGCGCCCUCACCUGUGCAACAUCUGCGGCAAGGCCUUCAAGUACAGCAGCCUCCUCCAUCAGCAUCAGUACCUGCACACCGGCAAGAAGCCCUUCCGCUGCCCCGAGUGCGACAAAACAUUUGCCUUUGCCCAGAACAUGAAGGCCCACUGCCGCCAGCAUAGGCUGCGCAAAAACAACCCCCCCGCCAAAGAGCCGAGCAAGCCAGCACCCACGUCCGCACAAGAGGCCGUUCCACGGCCGGGAAAAGAGAACGCACACCUGUGCGAGGAAGCGAAACGCACCUUCAACUGCCCUCUUUGUCCCCAGACCUACUCCGCGCCGGCUAACCUGAGGGCCCACAUGCUGGUUCACGAGGCAGAGUACGAGACGCUGGAGAGGACCCCCAGAGCCCCCAAGGAAAUCAACAAGAACUGGGAAAAGGGACACAUCUGUCCCCACUGCCCAUCCGUCUAUCGGGAUGAAUCUAGUUUAAAUAUGCAUCUGUUAAGUGUCCACAAAUCUGUAGCACAACAUUCAGAGAAGGCGGCAACACCAACUCCAAAUCAGUUAACUCCGUUAAGUAGUGACGAUGUACAGGGGAAAUGGAGAGGCGACGGCAUCAGUAUCAGGUCCUACAAGUGCUCAGAUUGUGGAAAAACCUUCCGCCACCGUUCAGUGUUAGAGCUGCACAUGCGCAUACAUUCCAAGGACAAGCCUUACAAGUGCAAAGUGUGUGGCAAGGGCUUUAGAUUUGGUAGCUACUUGCAGCAGCAUCUCAUCAUCCAUACGGGCAAGAAGCCAUACAAAUGUCCUGACUGCGGGAAGGACUUUGCCUUCCUGCAGAACAUGAAAACCCACCAAAAGCUUCAUCAGGAAAAACCGUUCCGCUGCACCAGCUGCCGCAAAGGCUACAGCGACGAGACCCAACUUCAGCACCACAUGUUAUCACACAACGGUGACAAACCGCAUAAGUGUGACCUGUGUGACAAGAGCUUCGGGUUGGCCUACCUGCUCCGGGAUCACAUGAACACGCACACGGGAGACCGACCUCAUCGCUGCGAUGAGUGUCACAAAAGUUUUUCUUGGUUCAGCAGCCUGCUAGUGCACCAGAAGAUCCAUGUGCGCAAGCGCCAGGGUUUCAGCCAGUACCCUUCCUCCCCACUGGGCACCAGGACGAGAGGCAGAGGCAGCAGGGGGAGGCGAGGGGCGAGGCCCACGUGGGGCUGGUCCAGGCCGUUCGGAAGUUCCGGGAUGGUCGGCCCCCUGCAAUCUCCGUACCUGGUUUCUGCACCGAGGGAUGCCGAACUGCCCAGACAGGCGGUCCAGCCGCAGGCCGCGGUACCUGCGCCUCGCAUGGACGCGCACGGGCAAGACCAGAAGGAGCUGUGGCCGCCCGAGCAGCACCCUCAGCCAGUGCAGUGGAAGGUGGACGGCGGAGAAGUGAUGCCGGUCCCGUCGUCGCAGCAACAAACAGCUCCGCAACAGACCCAGUUUGACAGUCCGCCGACGCAGGGGGCCUCGCAGCAGCACCAUCAGAGGGGUCCGAGCUGGGCAGACAGCCCUUUAGUGACUCUGUCGGGUCCCACAUCUGCUCGGAGUUCACAGUCGCCGCGCAUGAGGGAGUGCGCAGCUGCAGUUGUCAGCUCGCUCAUGACCGCAGUGCCAAACAAAUCCAGCGCGUCGAAAGUGAGUGAGAUGGAGCAGCACAGGCAGCACAAGCCGGUCACUUGGGGUGCCACGGCCGCCGCGACCACAGCGCUCGCCUCCACAAGCUCCUUGCAACACAAUUUUCCUCUUCCUUCAUCUUACAUAGACGGGGCGGCUCUGUGGAGUAUCAGACCUUCUCUGCUCGCAAAUUCACAGAUCCCUCCAAAUAAGCUGGGUCAAGACAUUCAGCUGCCAAGAUGGGCAGGCGCCCCCCCGGUGUUGAUACAAAAAGAGCCCUCGACACCGCCUAAGGAGGACACUGGCGGUUGGGACGUAGGUAACUCUCAAGUUAUGCUGUCGACUGUUAGCCAGCCGGAGAAGCCGUGGAACGGCUGUGAGCUGCAGAAGCCGUGGGUUUCCGGCUUAGCGGGCGUGUCCACCUCAGCUCCAGUCGACCAAAACAGUGUUGUGCCAAUUCCUACUCCCAUUUCUCACGGGGUGGGUAGCACCUUGUGGGACAUACCAACACCACCAGGAAUUCCAAAGACUAUAAAUCCUGAGAAAUUGUUACAUGGCCAAGAUUUUCAGCUGCAGCAAAAGCAGGUGCCGUCCGCUUGGGUCAAUGUGCAGAGUCCCACUACGGCGCAGAAGGUUCCCAUCUCCAUUCAAUACGAGCCUCAUCGUUUUGGCCAUGGGUUGGGAACGCCAGUAUGGGGCUUCCAAAAUAAUCAGACGCUGCUUACUGGGCAACUCAAACCGGGAAGUGGAAAGGAGCUGCAGCAACAGCCAAUGGUAACGGGCACUCAAAUAAUCAUCAACCAGCCGCCUCCUUUCUUCACACCUCCGCUCCCUCCCCUUGCAUUGCCUGGCCCACACCCUCUUCACUCUGUCACUCUCUCAAGACCCCCACACCCAAAUAUUUUUUUUGCACCACAGGCGGUAAUGAGCGAAAGGCCACACAUAACGCAGACGCUGCCCCUACCUCAGCUCGCCACACAGACGGAACCUCACAAACUUGGACCCCGUUUGCCUUUCGGCCCAGAACGGCUUCUUCAGUGCAUGAUAUGCGGGUGUUCUCUUCCCCGGGAGCUAGAUCUACAAAUGCAUUAUUUGCAACAUGCACAAGGAGAGAUUUGACAGUUCUACACUAGCACCAAGACUUAUUUUUUAUAUUUUUUACUCAGCGGAACCUCAUUUGAGUGGAUGUUGAUUAGAAACAAAAAAGUAAAACUGAUUUAGUCUGUACACUUUAAUCACAUUUAAAGUUGUUCAGCGACAAAUUCCAAUACUAACAUCAUUUCAUUGCAUUAGUUUUCCCUUUUUGAAAUGCACACAAGUUAUCCAAAUAACCGGUCCAAGCAACUCCUGAGGGCGGAAGAUUCAUAUAGUCCUACAGUCUACGUUCCAUUUAUUGCCAACAGCCUUUCAAUUUGCAUAAUAUGAAUUCUUUUAUAGUCCUCUUUAUUUGUCCUGAAUCAUUUAACUGUGUUUCUUCAUGUAAAGUAUACUGUGUGCCUUUUAUGAGUACAGUGUGCAUGUCUGCUGUCUUGGUAUUGUAAGCAUAGUUUGUGCUUAAGGUCGGCUCGACAACGUGACCUCACUCCAAAAACACAGAGCAACAAUUUCUAAGCUACCUUUUUUUAAAAAAGGGUUUGCUUCUGUGUUUGCUUUUGAGGAGAAGAGGGUUGAGCGCUUGUUUUUUCUCAUUACUUGUGUCAGAACCUACAGUCGACUACACACACACUUCCCGUUGAGAAGGACUUGUAGUCACAAUGCUAUUGGCUGGGUCCAAAUAUCUCACAUGGUGAUUUGGUCAAAAACGAGUGCAAACAUAAUGUCACGGUUACAUGUAAAGGUAUUUCACGGUAAGAGUUAUCCGUUAAUUGCUUAUUGGGAGAAAAAUACAGGGAGAAAGUGUCUCUACAAAAUGAUUGACAACAUUGUUGUCAAAUAGUGAAUUUUGUAGUAAAUUCAACUUUCAUUUAUGUGAAAAUGUCAGUAAUAUUUAUGAUGAAAAGACAAACUGAUGAUGCAAAAUGUAUAUUAUGCUCUAAUCGGUCUGGUAAAAUUCAAGUCAUUUCUGGAAAAUUUUCAUGACUGACUGACAAAUUUCAGAUAACAGAUACUAGGUGGGAGUACUUAGCACCUACUGCAAACCUGUCAGUACCAUGCAAUAUGUCUAUCUCUUCAGAAUGAUUAUUUCAGAUUGGAAUGUACCUUUAUUUAUAAAAGUCCACUUUUGAGUUCAAUGCAAUUUUUUUUGUGAAUACUGAAUGGUUUCAUUUCAUUAAUAUAUUUAGCAGAGUACAGAAUCCCAUCUCCUGUGCCAUUACAAUGGGCAUUUGAGUAGGUUCGGUAGCCCAAUAAUUGACUGAAAAUCACUGCUAAUGCAUUACUACUGUAAAAUAAACAAGCGGUCCAUUUGUACAAAAAAGAAGCGUCCCUGUUUGUCUUAACAUUUAUCGUCUCAUGUUUCUAAAAACAUGUGCCCUUCUACCUCUACCCACUGUUUUAGUAUGGAAAGAAAUAGACAUUUCCCAUGUCUAUAUAUUGAAUUAAAUAAAACUUGCCUUUGUUUACAA